AUGAAAGCCGACAACAAACAUAUUAUUUCCCUGAUCAAAGAUCUCAAAAAGCGAGACGACUUUCUUGGGGGCAAAGUGGAAGAUUUUUAUAAACACUUGAAGAUUUUGGGACAGGCAAGAUUGUAUGACCUCUGUAUAGAUUCACCAUUGACUCUCGGCACACGCCAUUCUACUAUUCAAGCUCCAAGCCCAAGUUUAACCGGGGCUUCCCCCUGCGAAGUAGCGAGGACCCCAUCAGCUCCCAACCUGAUUGUUUCAUUAGUCAAGUGUCUCGGAGUGAUCCUCCCUUUCAAUAAAAAAGAACCCCGAAUUUCAAAGAGCAGCGACGAAAUUAUAACUGAGAGUUCCCAGACUCUGCAACCGCUUGGCAGUCAUAAUACCCAUCAGGGAGGCAGUCCGAAGAUGGAAACUACAAGCAAAGAAUCGGAAUUGCAUGGAGAACCACUUCGUAUGAUUCAAUCCAUGGUUUUUCCUUUGGAUGAAUUGUGGAUGGGAUUGGAAUCAUUAAUGCCUGUGGGGUUGCCCAAGUGCUUUGGCGAGUGGAAGACUUCCGAUCGCCCCUUGAUUCGAGAAUGGUACUACACGGUUACAUGGCUGGACUACUACUCAAGUCAAGAACGUAAAUUGACAUAUCAUGAAGACGUACUCAUGAAAUCGGCUUUGCUAAACUAUGUGGAGGUCAUGUUUCGUUUGGCUAAUUAUAUCAGGAAGCACGACUUACAGCCACCUAGCUUCAACUCACAAAUUGAAAUUCUUGAACCAAAAACUCUUGUGCCAACGAUCAUAUUUUACAUUACCCAAUCAUUGAAAUUUAAAAACCUAAUGGAAAUACUUGUGUGGAAGCCUCAGGGAUUUGUCCCAGGACCAGAGUUGUUAGAAACACAUGAUUUCUUUGAACCCUUUCAUGAGCCAAUUAAAGUUUCUUGA